GCGGCGGAAGAACAAGGCCGGACGCCGUGCACGGACCACUCGCAAGAUCAGUGUCGGUGGCAGAUCGUCCUCCCAGCGGAAGCAAAUCUUGUUUGGGACGCGCACGCGAAGUCGGUGCAAAUCCAGCAGCUUCGGCCCAGCAGACUGUCCACGCGCUCUCGGGCCAAAAACUCUGAUCUUCCUGCACAGGACUCCGUCAUCGCUCACACAGUGCAUCAGUCAGUGAAUCAUCUUUCCAGUGGGGGCGUCCUGGCGACCCUGCCUGUUCGCCACCACCGCGGAGUCCCAAGCGGAGCAUGAAUCUCCGCCACUCCGCCACCGGGCCUGGGCGAGCGUUUCGCCCAACGCUCAGCGUCGGAGCUUUCAGCUGCAGCCCGGGCCUCGUCUCCACCGCCAUGGGUUCCACAGAGACCCUCACCCAGAAGUGGUUGCGCCAGAACAUCCAGAGCUAUGCCAACAGGGACACCGUCUUUGCACAUGUCGAUGCGGUCCUCCUUCGGCACCCUACUAUCCGUCCAAAGACGGACGUCUACACUUACGACGACGGUCGCACACAGCUCCUGCUCUGCCUUCACGGCUUGCUUCCCAUAUCGUUCCGCGGUGCCUCGUACAACAUACCGAUAGCCGUGUGGCUCACCAGAGAGUAUCCCAGACAGCCUCCUAUAGCAUACGUCGUCCCCACUAGCGACAUGCUUGUCCGAGCGAGCGCCGACGUCGACGUCAGCGGAAGAUGCCACAUCGAGUAUCUAUACAAUUGGGACAAGAAGUGCGAGGGCUGUAGCCUAGUCGAAUUAAUAGAAGCUAUGCAAGACAUUUUUUCGCGCGUUCCUCCAGUGUACGCGAAGCCGACGCGCCCAUCGUCCUCGCAGUCGGCUCCACGUCCGCAUGUGCUUGGGCACGAUUACUCUGCGCGUCCUCCUCCACCGCUUCCUGGUACCUCGUCCGCUACUACCCCACAGCCGGCUUCCCCGUCAAACCAGAAUGAAGAGCGUCCACCCCUUCCAGCCAAACCGGGCACAUCCGCUACGCCGUACGACAGAGCGCCGAGCGUGCCGCCCCAGAGACCUCGGCAUAACAGUCGUGAUCGGUCUCCGGUUGUAUUUGGAAACACCGACUUGGAGAUGCGUCCGCCGCCCCCGCUCCCCCCUCAUCCACCGAUCGCACCGGGUAUUUCGUCCUAUAGCAGCUCCCCGAUCCCCCCGAUUUACACACCACGCUCAUCGAGUGCAUCGAUCGAGACGGCGACCAUAGCCCUACCAUCAUCGAGUAAUUUACCGCGCGCUCCGGCCACCCCGGUGCGGGCUGCAAACCACCAUCUUCCGAUGCGAGUGCCUCAUGCUGCAUACCUGUCAGGCCCUUCCUCGUCUUCGCCACCCCCUGUACCUCCGGUGCCACAUUCCAUAUUAUCCCAGCCCUUUCUUGGUCCUGAGCGCCAAGCAUAUUCUCCCCCGGUUUCACCAGCUGAGAGCACGCGCCUGAGCGCGCCACAGCCAUUGCUACCUCCUCCAUUUGUUUCUUCUCCACCAUUCGCAGACUCGCAUCCGCUACGUCGCCAGAUACAGCAUGCCGCUCCUCCCCCGACUUCGAUUCCUCCUCCGGCGUUUUCUGCGCCCCUUCCGCUCCCGCUACCGGCACCUUCUAAUCCCCCACCAGAUCUUCUUGAUGCUGACGACGCGGCUGUAUUAGAGGCGGCGGUCUCUCCUCCGUCCUCACCGACAGCCCCGCCACGGCCACCGAACCCCGAGCUUCUUCGGCUGCAUGCGCAGGUCCACGCGAAAAUGCAGUCGGAGCUCGCGUCGCUCUCCCAUGUGAUGGCACUUGACGCAGAACGGCUGCGUGCGCAUCAGGCGGAUCUACUUGCAGGCGAGCCGGCGAUUCGCGAUGAGAUGGCCCGACUGGAGGCCGUUCGGGAUGUUUGUCUCACUGUGGCGGAUCGCAUGCGCGCGGUCGUGGAUGCCGGCACUCAGAACGUCGCGGAGCUGCGUCGGAAGGGCGACCCUGAGGUGGACGAGCUCGUGUGCUCCACCACCAUUGUCCAUAACCAACUCAUCAACCUCGUCGCGGAAGACAAUGCGAUUGAGGACACUAUUUACCAUUUGCAUCGCGCCCUGAAUACGGGUCGGAUAGAUCUCGAGCGAUUCAUCAGGACCGCGCGUGUGCUCGCGGAGGAACAAUUCACGAAGCGCGCACUCAUCGAGAAGAUCCAGGCCGGGCUCCCACAGGAUGAUUCUGAUGCUGUAUGGUCGGUCCCUCCCGGCUGGCACUACCAAUGAUCAGGGCCUAUGACUCGCUUAGCUGUUUCGCGGUCCUCCUCCUACAAGGUUGAAACGCAGACAAACUCAGUUGAUUGAUGGGGUGGUGUCAUAUGAGGGGGCGUCAUCUCCAUCGGCGUGCUUCAUCAUCACCCCCGAGCCCGCACCGGACAAAUUAGCGUUAGGAGCGAGACUCCUCAGCGCGCUCUUAAUGGGCUUCCUGCUGACGAUCUGUGGUCGGCUUCGGAGGCGUGACGUAGCAGACGAGGGGCUCACACGAGCCGAAGCUACGAGGGAGAAUCGCGCGCAGGCCCCGAUCCGCAGCGUCUGUGUCUUCUUGGCUUAGCGUAGCAAUUGUACUCCUGCGUCCGGGUCGAGGCCUCUGUACAUACACCGUACCCUCUUCUCACCAUUGUGUGCCACACUAUUGGCCGGUCUGGUCAGGAGAAUCUAAG